CGGUGUUGGCAUUGACAUUGCACAAUUAUCGCGGUAUUCAGCAAGGCCCUGCUGUGCUUUUCUUUGCACACUUCAAAGAAGCAAUUUUAAUGCAGAUUAUAUCUGUCGCAUCAAAACAAAUCUCGCUUAUACACACAAUUGAACUUUCCAUAAUUUUGAACUACGCCUCACUCCUGUUUAGACAGGCACAUAUGAAGUCACUAUGGCACAUUUAGCAAGUUGGAAAGUCGUUCUUAUCCAACUCCUCUUCAAUCAGUUAUGUAUAACAGCUACGAAAGACCAGAAUUACAAGAAAGGAGAGGUACAGACUGAGCGGAUAGAAAUUGAUAGGGGAACUCGUAAGUACAACCUGUCUUGCAAAGAAAGUAAUAGAACUAUCAUCUGGAAGAAAAAUGGUCAAAGAGUUUUCGUUUCUGAAAACGACAAAUCUGGCUUAACACAUCCGUAUAAGCUCCAUUGUGUUGACAAGAAAGAUGAAGGAAUAUAUACUUGCCAUCCUGAGAAAGAUGGACCUCCUCUAAAGAGAUUUGAUGUUCAGGUUACAUUAAAUAAUACAUUCGACCUAUGUGGCAAAGAAAAAAAAGAAAUAGUAGAAAAGGAUGGUUUCGAGUGCCCACCGUACUUAGAAACAGACUAUCCUUGUUGCAAAUAUGCCGCACCGAAUGGUCCAAAGCGUAUGACGACAACAUUAAAAUUAUCAAGCCAGUUUGCUAAAGGAGACAAUUAUUGUCAUAUAUAUAAUGGAAUAGACAAUUACAAGAAUCCCUGGGAGAUUUUGGUGGAUUGGCAAGUGAGAGCAACUGGUAAAAUAUACUGUGCAUUCAUAAACUAAAGUGAUUAUGAGCUAAGUUAGUGUUAUUCAUCCCGGAAAGGUUUUCCUCUCUUUUCCUCUGUAUACCUCAUCUAUUUCGGUUUAGUUCAAUCCAUCAACACAAAGUCUGCAUGCAUCCCCCUAUAAUAUGGUCUUGAUUGAAUAUCUUGUUCAUUGAAGGUCUUCCUUCCUGAAUAUCGAUUUAUUGUCAUCUAUAUUCAUAGUGUAUAGAAGGAUGUCAGUUUCAUUAAAUUCAUUAUACAGGCAGUUCUCAUAUAUUGGGUUGGCAAAUCAACUAUCUUGGUUUUUCUGGAGAUGCGAAUGAUCGGGGGUGUGUUCAGAUUAAUAGGAAGGUAUGUAUAAUUUAUACCCACGAA